CAAAUAAACAAUUUACACAUUCAGCUGAUUCUUCAUUCGUACUACAUUCAUUCUUAACUGUGCCACUGACGAUUGAUUGAAGAUUGAUUCCAGCCAAUUAUUGCAAUUUUCCUAGUGCCUCAGUCCGAUAUUCGAAGUUCAACGAACGAUGUCGCUGCUGACUGUUGAAAAUAUUAAGCAAAUACAAAAAUUAUUCAACCCGGACAACGAGGAUAGUGAUUCCGAUCAGGGAGAAGAGCGUCCCGGGACUGGCGCCAAUCAGUUGGGUCCUGGUAGCAUUGGGGAGCCCAAGAGGGCAAAACCUAAGAAGAAGACUCUUGGAGACCCGGAAGAACAUGUCAAAGCGAGUUCAUAUGCUCCCUUGAAAGAAACCUCCAAUGAGGAACCAAAAACUUUGGAAGAGUGGGAAAAACAACAGGAAAUCGAAUGUUCCAACUUUCUCGAGACAAGACCCAGGCCUGAGUAUAAAAUCUCCUACAAACAGACGCUGGCCACCGAAGAUUUGUUCCUGCAGAUGGGUGGGAAAACUCCCAGCUCCUGUAGCUGCGAAAGUAUGGUGGUCGAAGUUUUUCUGACCGGAGAAACCGUCGGUAUUCAGCACAUCGAUCUGGCGGUCGAAGAGCAGCAAAUCAUAGUGCAAUCGCCAAAGUACUACCUCAAGCUGGCACUGCCCCACGCAAUUGAUCCGGACAAGGGAAAUGCCGCUUGGUUGUCGGAUGAGAAGAUCCUCAAGCUGACGUUGAAAAUGGUGCGAGAAUUCGACUAUGUCAACUUCUAGGAUAAUAAAGGCGAAAAAAACGAUAAUCUAGUAUAUUUUUCUUUUCUAAUGUAUGUAGUCUGUGAUUGAUACUCUUGAUCUGAAUUGAACAGCCACAUUUUAAAACCUUCCAACGCCACCGCCGGAGACGAAAAGUCUCUUCACUUCGACCAGAAGUGGUGCUUCGAAAAAUUUAAAGCUCUCCAAACUUGUUAAACAAAUCUUCAGAUUUAAUUGAGCCAUUCAAAGCGACAAAUGAAAGGCAGAGGACUGGUCUUGCGCGUUACUUACUCUCCUAAAAGGAAGUAGGUAACCAUUUCCCAGAUGCCACCGGCCCAGAUGAAUGCCACGAAGCAGUACGUGUGGGUGUUUCUUUUAUUGAGUCCUAGCCAGGAUCGAGAACGGUCAAUAAUCGGAGUGUUUAUUGGACGCCAUAUAUUGGCUGCACGUUCACGUACAUCAACGUCUCGUGAGAAAUAUACAUCGUGGUUCGAUUUACAGGUCAACUGUCUACUGGGGCUCUCUUGAGGCGUAAAGUGUUCAAUAAAUUAUGCGAAGCGUAUUUUCGAGGGCACCUCAUGGCGAUGAAAGGAUUAAAUGUGAAGACAAAUUAUUAUGAUAAUUACCUGUCCUCGAAAUAGGGUACCUACAUGUGUAUAUGAGUUUUCGGGCGGGUACUAAAAAAAUUCUUCGAAGCUUUUAAAAAAUAGACUUAUA